UGUUCGUUCCUUCGUUCGUAAGCAGCACUGUACACUUCCGUCGUUCCUUCGCUUUUUUAUUUGUUUUCCUCUCAACCACAACCGCGUCGCUUCUCCUUCUAGGGUUUCGCAUCCAUAGGAGCUCCGCAAUAACUGCCUCCUCAAAAUUCGUCAUCCUUUCGUUGCUGCCGUCGAGAUAAUGAUAGAUAAAUUAGAGCGAACAACACAGUUAUUCCAGUUUGCUGAAAAGUACAGGGGGUCCUACAACAAUGCCUUGAAACCCUUUGUGUGCCCCUUUUACUGCUCUUACUUUGGUUAUCAGGAUGAGCUGUUGUGGGGUGCUGCCUCGCUGCACAAGGCUACCAAGAAUCCAAUGUACCUAAACUUAAAGUUAAUGGCCAGAUCCUUGGAGCUGCAGAGUUUGACAACACCUUUGCGUGAGAUAACAAGCAUUCUGGAGCAAGAAUACUUGUUUCCAAGGGUACAAUCCCUCCAUGACUACAAGGGCCAUGCGGACAAUUUCGUUUGUUCCAUAAUUCCUGGGACCUCUUUCUCUUCCACCCAGUAUACCCCAGGUGAAGUUCAUUUGAGACACCAGUACCAGUACCACUAAGCCUUAGAAACCUUAUUGCUACCACACUUAUGUAUGUGUAUGUAUGUUAUGUCCAAUGAUAGUGUGUUCAACUUCUGAAGAAUUUGAAACCAACUUCUGAAGAGAA